GCAGAGGGCCGGGCCGGGCCGGGGGAGGGUGUCUCGGGGCCGCCGCCAUGGGCUGAGGGGCCGGCAGGGCAGGGCGGUUCGGCGGCUGCGGGCUGGGCGCCCCGAGGAUGGAGAGAGCCAUGGAGCAGCUCAACCGGCUGACGAGGUCCCUGCGCCGCGCCCGCACGGUGGAGCUGCCGGAGGACAAUGAAACUGCUGUCUAUACACUGAUGCCAAUGGUUAUGGCUGACCAGCAUAGGUCUGUCUCAGAGCUGCUAUCAAAUUCAAAAUUUGAUGUGAAUUAUGCAUUUGGACGUGUGAAGAGAAGUUUGCUUCAUAUUGCAGCAAACUGUGGAUCAGUUGAAUGCCUUGUUCUAUUAUUAAAAAAAGGGGCAAAUCCAAAUUAUCAGGACAUCUCGGGAUGCACACCUCUCCAUUUAGCAGCAAGGAAUGGCCAAAAGAAAUGUAUGAGCAAGCUGCUGGAAUACUGUGCAGAUGUCAACAUUUGUAAUAAUGAAGGCUUGACUGCAAUUCACUGGUUGGCCGUCAAUGGACGAACAGAAUUGCUUCAUGAUCUUGUUCAGCAUGUCAGCAACGUAGAUGUUGAAGAUGCGAUGGGACAGACAGCCCUUCAUGUAGCUUGUCAAAAUGGACACAAGACAACGGUGCAGUGUUUGCUAGACAGUGGUGCAGAUAUAAACAGACCAAAUGUGUCAGGGGCAACUCCACUCUAUUUUGCUUGCAGCCAUGGUCAGAGAGACACUGCACAAAUUCUUUUGAUGAGAGGAGCCAAAUAUUUACCAGACAAAAAUGGCAUCACUCCACUGGAUCUCUGUGUACAGGGUGGGUAUGGAGAGACUUGUGAAGUCUUAAUACAAUACCAUCCUAGACUCUUCCAGACAAUAAUUCAAAUGACACAGAAUGAAGAUCUACGGGAAAACAUGUUGCGGCAAGUUCUGGAACACUUGUCUCAGCAGAGUGAAAGCCAGUAUUUGAAAAUCCUAACAAGUCUUGCUGAAGUUGCUACAACAAAUGGUCACAAACUGCUUAGCUUGUCAAGUAAUUAUGAAGCUCAAAUGAAGAGUCUCUUAAGGAUCGUGAGGAUAUUUUGCCAUGUCUUUUGCAUUGGCCCAUCCUCUCCCAGUAAUGGAAAUGACAUGGGCUACAAUGGAAAUAAAACUCCAAGAAGUCAGGUGUUCAAGGUCAGAAAAGUAUAUGAUGUUGUUAGGAAGAUAGACCUUAAAGAGAUGAAUUUCACAAAGCAUGCAUUCAUUAAUCAGACAUCUCAUGAACAGGAACCGCUGGAGCUGCUCUGGCAUUCCCUAGAUGAAUGGCUUGUUCUUAUAGCCACGGAGCUGAUGAAAAACAAAAGGGACUCUGCCAACAUUACAUCUAUUUUACUGAAGCAAAAAGGACCAGAUCAUCAAGAUGCUGCUUCCACACCUGCCUUUGCUGCUGCAGGAACUGAGCUGUCCACUGAUGCUGGCGAGUCCAAAACAUACGAUGUUGCUGGGAAGCAGGAAGCUUGUGCUGAUUGCCAGGAUGUUAUCUCCAUGACAGCAAACAGGCUAAGUGCUGUCAUUCAAGCUUUUUAUAUGUGCUGCUCCUGUCAGAUGCCUCAGGGGAUGACGUCGCCUCGUUUUAUAGAAUUUGUCUGUAAACAUGAUGAUGUCCUGAAGUGUUUUGUUAACAGAAAUCCCAAAAUAAUUUUUGAUCACUUUCAUUUUCUUCUUGAGUGUCCUGAACUGAUGUCCAGAUUUAUGCACAUCAUAAAAGCUCAGCCAUUUAAAGAUCGCUGUGAAUGGUUCUAUGAACAUCUGCACGCGGGGCAGCCAGAUUCAGACAUGGUGCACAGGCCUGUCAAUGAAAAUGACAUCCUUUUGGUUCACAGAGAUUCUAUUUUUAGGAGUAGCUGUGAAGUUGUGUCUAAAGCAAGUUGUGCAAAACUAAAGCAGGGGAUUGCUGUGAGAUUUCAUGGAGAAGAAGGCAUGGGGCAGGGUGUGGUACGUGAGUGGUUUGAUAUCUUGUCCAGUGAAAUAGUUAACCCAGAUUACGCCUUAUUUACCCAGUCAGCUGAUGGAACAACUUUCCAGCCCAACAGCAACUCUUCUGUAAAUCCAGAUCAUCUGAACUACUUCCGUUUCGCAGGCCAGAUCCUGGGACUAGCUCUGAAUCACAGGCAGCUGGUGAACAUCUACUUCACAAGGUCAUUCUACAAGCAUAUUCUUGGUAUACCUGUAAAUUAUCAGGAUGUAGCAUCUAUUGAUCCAGAGUAUGCAAAGAACUUGCAGUGGAUUUUAGAUAAUGAUAUCAGUGAUCUGGGUUUGGAGCUGACCUUCUCUGUUGAGACUGAUGUCUUUGGAGCAAUGGAAGAAGUGCCAUUGAAGCCAGGGGGUGCAAGUAUACUUGUUACACAGGAAAACAAGGCUGAGUAUGUCCAGCUUGUCACAGAGCUUAGAAUGACAAGGGCCAUUCAGCCUCAGAUAAAUGCCUUUUUACAAGGCUUCCAUAUGUUCAUUCCACCAUCUUUGAUCCAGCUUUUUGAUGAAUAUGAACUGGAGCUUUUAUUGUCUGGUAUGCCAGAAAUUGAUGUGAAUGAUUGGUUAAAAAAUACAGAGUACACCAGUGGCUAUGAGAGAGGAGACCAAGUUAUUCAGUGGUUCUGGGACGUUGUGGAAGAACUAACUCAGGAAGAGAGAGUAUUACUCUUACAGUUUGUUACUGGCAGUUCCAGGGUGCCUCAUGGUGGCUUUGCCCAUAUAAUGGGUGGCAGUGGAUUGCAGAAUUUUACAAUUGCUGCUGUUCCGUAUACUGCAAAUCUUUUACCAACAUCAAGCACGUGUAUCAACAUGCUCAAGUUACCUGAAUACCCAAGUAAAGAGAUCCUCAAGGACAGGCUUCUUGUGGCAUUGCACUGUGGAAGCUAUGGGUACACCAUGGCAUAACCAAGUCUAGAAAACUCAUCUGACUGCUGAUGUGCAAUUCAGAGUGGCAGAAAUAAUUUUGGAAACUGUCAGCAGAAGAGCAAUGAGAUGCUGCAGCCCAGUGGCAGGGCUGGGCUUCAGAAUUCAUACAGGAUCAUCAGCUUUUACCCCCAUUAUGUGUUGUCAACACAAAGUCAGGACAAACUUCUCAGUAUGCAGUAUUUUCAUUUUGAAAAAAUGACAGAUCUGUCUGGCACUCAGUUUACAUACUUUUCAUUAUUAUUCCAGCCUGAAUCAGAAAGUUUGUCAGAGUCCCUUUCCACAGUUUACUUUUGAGUUUCAAGGAUGUGGUUGAGUGACAUUUGUUUCAGUUUACUUUGCACUCAGAUGGCAUCCUGCUCAUGGACAGACUUGUACUUUACGCCUUGUUGCAUGUGAAAGUGCUGUUUAUUUUUGCAGAAACCAGUAUAGACAGUUCAAUUUGGAUAUUGUACAGUAAGACAGAUCUGAGGUAUUUUCCAUUUCUUUGCAUAGUAACAAAUACAAUUUUAUAACUUUUUAGUGUUUUAAUGUACAUAAUAUGUAAAGGUUAGACUGUUAUCACUGGAAAAAUGACAGAUGAAGUUAGUAUCUAAUUUAUAUUAGAAUUGACACUAUAUUCUUCUAAAUAUUUAAAGUAUUUGUGACUUUAUAGUCAGCUUGCAGUUUAGAAUUUGUAAAUACUACUUAAGAUCUAUAUCUAUUUGUUUGAAUGCCUUUACUCUUUCCUUGACAUAAUUGUAUGUUCAAAAGGUAUUAUUAAAUUUUAAUAUUUUUACCAGAAAA